UCCUCAGUGUCUGCCUUACCAAGCCUUGUUUAUUCCCUUGUCUUCUUUUGGUGUUUUGGACUGUUGCCUGCUCUUUGGACUGAUUUUUGCUCUUGCCCUUUUGGAUACUUUUGCCUGCUUUUCUGCUGACUGCUUUUUGGCUUUUGACCUCCUUUUCUGUCCUCAACCUUGCCCCUUGGAUUUCCCUGUUUUAUUAAACCACCUUUUAACCUGCGCAUGGAUCCUUCUCACGUUCCUGAGAAUCAACUGUUACGUCGAAAAGGCUCUACCCCCUGAGGUGAAUUCUAGGCAAAGAUGGAGGAGCUACAGUUGUUUCGUGGAGACACAGUGGUCCUGCGUGGCCGCAAGCGACGCCAGACCGUCUGCAUCGUCCUCACAGACGACACCUGCGGAGACGAGCGUGUGCGCAUGAACCGUGUCACACGCAACAAUCUACGUGUGCGCCUUGGUGAUGUCAUCAGCAUACAUGCCUGUCCUGAUGUGAAAUAUGGGAAACGCAUUCACGUCCUGCCCAUUGACGACACCAUCGAGGGACUGACUGGGAACCUGUUUGAUGUUUUUCUCAAGCCUUACUUCCUGGAGGCCUACAGACCCGUCCACAAAGGUGAUAUAUUUCUGGUUAGAGGAGGGAUGAGAGCAGUAGAAUUCAAGGUAGUGGAGACAGAUCCCACUCCCCACUGCAUUGUUGCCCCAGAUACCAUCAUCCACUGUGAGGGAGAGCCAAUCAAACGAGAGGAUGAGGAGGAGAGUCUGAAUGAUAUCGGCUAUGAUGAUAUUGGUGGCUGCCGUAAACAGCUGGCUCAGAUUAAAGAGAUGGUAGAGCUUCCGCUCAGACACCCCGGCCUUUUCAAAGCCAUCGGCGUGAAGCCCCCACGAGGAAUUCUCCUGUACGGACCACCCGGCACAGGGAAGACUUUAGUGGCCCGAGCUGUUGCUAACGAGACGGGAGCGUUCUUCUUCCUUAUCAAUGGUCCAGAGAUCAUGAGUAAGCUGGCAGGAGAAUCCGAGAGCAACCUGAGGAAGGCUUUUGAGGAGGCAGAAAAGAAUGCCCCUGCUAUUAUCUUCAUUGACGAGUUGGAUGCAAUUGCUCCAAAAAGAGAGAAGACCCACGGUGAAGUGGAGCGGCGCAUCGUCUCUCAGUUGCUCACCCUGAUGGAUGGAUUGAAGCAACGUGUUCACGUCGUCGUCAUGGCAGCCACCAACAGACCCAACAGUGUGGAUCCAGCCUUACGCCGCUUCGGUCGGUUUGACCGCGAGAUUGAUAUCGGCAUCCCUGACUCUACGGGCCGCCUGGAGAUUCUACAGAUUCACACCAAGAACAUGAAACUGGCUGAUGACGUGGAUCUGGAACGGAUCGCCACAGAUACACAUGGACAUGUGGGUGCAGAUCUGGCAGCACUGUGCUCUGAAGCAGCUCUGCAGGCCAUCAGGAAGAAGAUGACCCUGAUUGACUUGGAAGACGACACCAUCGACGCAGACCUGCUCAACUCUCUGGCUGUCACCAUGGAUGACUUCAGGUGGGCUCUCAGUCAGAGUAACCCCUCUGCUUUGAGGGAGACAGUGGUGGAGGUUCCUCAGGUGAACUGGGAGGACAUUGGAGGCCUGGAUGAAGUUAAGAGGGAGCUGCAAGAGCUCGUACAGUACCCGGUGGAGUACCCUGACAAGUUCCUGAAGUUUGGGAUGACCCCAUCCCGAGGAGUGCUCUUCUAUGGUCCGCCUGGCUGUGGCAAAACGCUUCUGGCCAAAGCCAUUGCCAAUGAGUGCCAAGCCAACUUUGUGUCCAUUAAAGGUCCAGAGCUUCUCACCAUGUGGUUUGGAGAAUCAGAGGCCAAUGUCAGGGAUGUGUUCGACAAGGCUCGUCAGGCCGCUCCAUGCAUUCUCUUCUUUGACGAGUUGGACUCCAUCGCAAAGUCCCGAGGGGGCGGGGCCGGGGACGCAGGGGGUGCAGCCGACCGGGUCAUCAACCAGAUUCUCACAGAGAUGGACGGAAUGACCAACAAGAAGAACGUCUUCAUCAUCGGAGCCACCAACAGGCCGGAUAUUAUUGAUCCUGCGAUCUUGCGGCCCGGUCGUUUGGAUCAGCUGAUUUAUAUUCCUCUGCCAGACACGCCGUCCCGCACGGCCAUCCUUAGAGCCAACCUGCGCAAAUCACCUGUGGCCAAAGAUGUGGACCUGCCGUACCUGUCCCGGAUCACAGAGGGGUUUUCGGGGGCUGAUCUGACGGAGAUUUGUCAAAGAGCCUGUAAACUGGCCAUCAGAGAGGCCAUUGAGGCCGAGAUCCGCGCCGAGAGAGAACGACAGAGCAGGAAGGACCCGGCCAUGGAUGACGAUUUUGAUCCUGUUCCUGAGAUCAGGAAGGAUCAUUUUGAGGAGGCUAUGCGUUUCGCCCGUCGCUCUGUCAGUGACAACGACAUCCGCAAAUAUGAGAUGUUUGCUCAGACUCUACAGCAGAGCCGUGGCUUCGGCAACUUCAGGUUUCCUUCUAAUUCACAGUCAGGUGGAGGUCAAGGUUCAGGUCAGGGUUCUGGGGGUCAUUACAGAGAUGAUGGAGACGAUGACCUCUACCAAUAGACCGGCUGAAUGGGGAAUGAAGAGAAGCUGUAAUAGGUUACACUAUAAAUGAAGCUUAUACGUUUGAAACAUUACAGCUCUUUAUAACCUGUAGAAAACAGCUGCCACUAAGUUUUAUUGCUGUUGGCAGUUGCUAAAGAAUCCCAAGAAUGUCUCUAAGAUGGUGUGAAAUGCGUAUAUAAAUAAUACAAUGGUUUGCAGUGUUUUCUCCAUCAUAAGUACUUAAUUUCUUCAAUUAUCAUUUUGGCAUGUCAGAAAUCUGGGGUGUGUCUUCAGAUGCUGGUUGAUUUAAUUGUUUUUAAUAGUUUUUAAAGGAUUUUAAAUGUGUUCUACUGUCUAUCUGUGGUGUUUUGUGUGUUU